AUGUCGUCGCGUUUAUCAGUUUCAGCCAAGCCACCAGCUGUCUUCUACAUCCACGCAGCCUUGUUUGACUGCGACGGAACUUUAGUCAACUCUACUGGAGCCAUUUCCGAAUUCUGGAGAGACUUUGGCGAAUCUAGACCCCAUGUGGACCCUGAAGAAAUUAUUAAAACAUCCCACGGAUGUAGAACGUUUGAUGUGAUUGCCAAGUGGUCGCCUGACGAUGCCGACGUCAAGCAGGUAACUGAGUGGGAGGGCUCAAUUCCAGAUUCCUUUGGCCAGUAUGCAAAACCCAUCCCGGGAGCAGUGGAGUUGGUCAAGAGAUUCGACGAAUUGUCGAGAAACGAGACCGACAACAAGCACCAGAGAUGGGCCAUAAUCACCUCGGGGACUUUGCCUUUGGCAUCCAAGUGGUUGAAACUAUUGACCAUUGACAAGCCAGACUGCUUUAUCACGGCUGAAAAAGUAUCCCAGGGAAAACCACAUCCCCAGGGCUAUUUGACAGCUAGAGAGCACUUGGGUUAUGAUGCUCCUCACAAGAAGGUGGUAGUCUUUGAGGAUGCACCAGCAGGAAUCAAGGCAGGCCGUGCUGCGGGUGCAUUUAUUGUUGGCAUCUGCUCCACUUAUAAUCCAGAAAAGGUGAGAGCUUCUGGUGCCGACAUUGUGGUGGACGACUUGUCUUCAUUUGAGAUUGAAGGGUACAAUCCCACCACAGACGAGUUCAAGGUCGUGGUCAACGACUACCACUAUGCCAACACCGAGUAUAUUCAGAACGAAGCCUCUGCCAGCCGUUCGGCUAGAAAUUCAAUUGCUCACUAG